AUGUCGGAAGAAGUGCAUACUGGGUUCUACUUUACCGAGUCCCGUCACAAGGACACGUAUCCGGCCAUCGACCCGAGCAAGCGGGACUUUAGCGGCCGUUAUGUCUUCAUCACGGGCGCCUCCAAGGGCAUUGGCCGCGAGACCGCGCUGUCGUUUGCGAGUGCCGGAGCCGCCGGCAUCGGCAUCGGGGCACGGACCGGCAUAACGGACCUGCUAGAGCCGAUUGCGGCGGCAGCCAAAGCGGCUGGCAAGAUGCCGCCGCAGGUAGUGGCCGUGACGCUGGACGUGACGGACGCGGCGAGCGUUGCGGCUGCAGCGACGGCCAUCAAGACGGCCUUUCCGAGGUUGGACCUGCUGGUUAACAAUGCCGGCUACCUCGAGACGCGCGCCAAGAUUGCCGACAGCGACCCGGACGAGUGGUGGAAGACGUUUACCGUCAACGUGCGUGGGCCGUACCUCGUGACGCGAGCCUUUCUGCCGUUCAUGCUUGAGGCAGGCGGCGACAAGACGGUCAUCAACCUCUGCAGCAUCGCGGCGCACCUAGUCGCGCCCGGCGCGUCGGCCUACCAGACCAGCAAGCUCGCACUGCUGCGCUUUACCGAGUUUCUCGACCAGGACCACGGCGCUGACGGCGUGCUGACGUACGCACUGCACCCGGGCGGCGUGCUGACCGACAUGGGCCGGCGGCUGCCCAAGGAGCGGCAGCCGGCCAUGACGGAGACACCGAAGCUGGCCGCGGACGUGAUUGUGUUUCUGACGGAGCGGCGGCGCGAGUGGCUGGCGGCGCGGUACGUCUCGGCGACCUGGGACGUGGAGGAACUGCUGUCGAAAGAGAAGGAAGUGGUCGAGGGCGGCAAGCUGCAGGUGCGGAUGAUUGUAUAG